AUGGUGCAUUCCUACAUCUCUCACAUGCUCUUGGAGGACAGCAUUGAUGAUCAAAUCUUGUGCCAAUACUAUGAUCACCCUGCGUUACUCCAAACGCAGCAGGCCUUAGCCCAUAUUCUCUCCUCCCCUUCCUCCACUGCUAAAAACAGCACAAUCAACAAUGGGAACUCAGAGGGGACUGAGGGUUUGUUGCAUGGUUCUAGUGGUGAUCCAACCAGUGUCAGCUUGGGCUUUGACAUGGGUGCUGAUGUGGUGGGGUUACUCCAGAUGCAGGAGGCCUUAGCCCAUGUUCUCUCCUCCCCUUCCCCCAGCACUAAAAACAGCUCAAUCAACAAGGGGAACUCAGAGGGGAGUGAGGGUUUGUUGCAUGGUUCUAGUGGUGAUCCAACCAGGGUUAGCUUGGGCUUCGACAAGGGUGCUGAUGCGGUGGGGGCAUUUUUGAAGGGCAUGGAAGAGGGUAGGAAGUUCUUACCAAGGGACAACAAGGGUGCUGAUGUGGUGGGGGCAUUCUUUAAGGGCAUGCAAGAGGGUAGGCAGUUCUUACCAAGGGGCAACAGUUUGUUAAAGGAUGAUCACAUGAACCAAAAGUUCAGGGAACCCCGUGACCAAAGAGGGUUUAAGAAGAGGUGUAACAGGUGUGAGCAUCUAGAGGAGGUAGGGAGGUGUAACAAGUGUGAGCAUCUGGAGGAGGUAGGCAGGACCAGCAAAGGUAUGAUGACAAUGGAGGGGCCAGAAGAGAUUGGCAUGCAGAUUUUUGACGAUAUGUCGCUGUGUGGAUAUGAGACAUUUGUCAGGGACAUGGAGAAGUUGCGCAUCACCAUGAACAAUAAGGUAGUGAAGAACAACAGAAAGGGCUGUAGCAAGGUAGCAAGGGAUCUGGUGGACCUACACUCUUUGUUGAUCCAUUGUGCACAAGCGGUGGACACCGGCAAUCUCAAGAUUGCAGUUGAGCUAGUGAAGCAGAUCAAACAGCACGCAUCAGCAACAGGGGAUGCCACACAGCGGUUAGCUCUAUGUUUCUCCAAGGGACUAGAGGCCCGGCUAGUGGGCACAGGAAGCCAGGUUUCGAAGUUGCUCAUGGCAGAGCGACCAUCAGCUGUGGAGUUCCGCAAGGCCUACAGCAUUUACAUAGCAGCCUGCUCCUUCAACAAGGUAGCACACAUUUUUUCCACAAGGAGCAUCAUGCAGACCAUGGUGGGGAAGAACAGGCUGCACAAUGUGGACUAUGGUGCUAUGAAUUAUGAGUUCCAGUGGGCAGACUUGAUCCGGUUGCUGGCAAACAGAAACAGAGAAGGUGACCCACCUGAGAUGAAGAUCACCGCCAUUAGCAGUUACCAGCCUAGGGCCUGUCCAAGUCAAUGGAUUGAGGAGCAAGAGCACCGGCUCAACAUGUGUGCUAGUGAGUUUGGCAUGCCAUUCACAUUUCGAGCCAUCACAAUGAAGCGGGAGUUAGUUUCCAUAGAGAACUUGAAUAUAGACGAAGAUGAGGUGCUCGUCGUGAAUGACAUCUUUAAUUUGAGCAGCUUGGUGGGCGAGAGCACAUUCUUUGGUGACUUGAGUCCUAGGGAUACUGUCCUCAAUAACAUCAGGAAGAUGAAGCCCAAUAUUUUCAUCCAGAGCGUUUUGAAUUUCUCACAUGGUACCUCCUUCUUGUCACGGUUUCGAGAGGCACUGUUUUGUUACUCAGCACUGUUUGACAUGUUAGACACAAUUGUCCCACGGGACAGUGAACAACGAUUGGUGCUGGAGCAGGGCAUGCUUGGGCGUUGGGCACUGAACGCCAUCGCCUGUGACGGUGUGGACCUCAUUGACCGCCCUGAGAAGUAUAGACGGUGGCAGGUGAGGAAUCGACAGGCCGGUCUGAGGCAGCUGCCGCUCGAUCCAGACAUUGUUAAGGAACUAAAGGACAUGGUCAAGAAGCACCACCACAAGAACUUUUUGCUCAGCGAAGAUGACCAGUGGCUAUUGCAAGGAUGGAAAGGUCGCGUCCUCUUUGCCCACUCGACAUGGGUAGCAAACGACGCAUCUUCUGAAUGA